AAUUGCCUCGGGUUAUGCAAUUAGUUAUGCAACCAUUUUAUAAGCGGUUAUGGUUUCAUUAUCACUGGGCUGGUCUCACCUAUGAGUUCUUAAACUCGGCCCUGGGGUCCCCCUGUGAAUGCUGGGUUUUGUUCCAACUAUAUUUGCAAUCCCAGAAUUUUAACGAGAUGUUGAUUUCUUUAAAUUAUGUUAUAGGCCUAUAUACACCAGUAGAUUGCCUAUAUAGCAUUCUUAUUUAUAAACUGCUGCUUCGGAUGAUUGGAGGAAAAUUAUUCUUCUGAGAAAAGGACCAACUGUUUCCGUUCUAAUGCAGUUUCGCGGUCAAACUGUUUAAACCUGAUGUUACGCCCCCCACAAUGUAGCAUAACACAAACACCGUGUGCUGCAUUACAUUGGCUCUGUCUCUUUAAGAAAAUCCCCUGACGUAGCUAACUGGAAGGUGUGACCCGGAAAUGUCUUGCUCCCGGUUUCGUCAGACCACGCGUUGAGCUCGCUGUUUCUGUACAGUGCCUUUUAAUGCAAAGGGCAAGAUUUUUGUGGCUCUUCACAGCAACAGCAACUGUUUACAAUUCCAGAUCAUCGUCGCUCGUAGAAACAAUGUGCAAAGAACUCAAGACACGCGUGCUGCGGUUGGUGCCACAGACGUUAAACGGGCCUGGGAAGCACGGAGACUCGGACAGACAACCCGGCUGGAGCGAGGUACUGAAGGCUACGGUCGCUGCUUUGAAAGAGGGGCACGUCGCGGCCGUCCCCACCGACACCAUCUACGGCCUGGCCGCCCUCGCGCAGAGCUCGGAAGCCGUCAAGAGAGUUUAUGAGAUCAAAGGACGGAACGGCCAGAAGCCCUUGGCCAUCUGCGUGGGAGAGAUAGAAGACAUCUACAAGUUCUGUAAGGUGACCGUUCCCGAGGCCCUGUUGAGAGACCUCCUGCCAGGCCCCGUGACGCUGGUUCUGGAACGUUCCGAGGCGCUGAACUCUGACCUCAAUCCCUUCACCCCUCUGGUCGGCGUGCGGAUUCCGGACCACGCCUUCAUCAGACGGCUCUCCCAGCUCUGCGGCGAGCCUCUCGCCCUCACCAGCGCCAACAUCAGCUCCCAGACCAGCACCAUCGCUGUGGAGGAGUUCCGGGACCUGUGGCCCCGGCUGGCCGUGGUGGUGGACGGCGGCCCGAUCGGCGACCAGACGCCAGAAUGCCGGCUGGGCUCCACCGUCAUCGACCUCUCCGCCGCGGGACGGUACAGGGUCGUGCGGCCGGGCUGUGCUUUAUCUGCGACCGUUUCCAUUCUGGAGCAGAAGUACUUCCUGUCUCGGGAGACGGUAGAUCACUGACAGGAACUCUCUGCACGUCGCGAUCAAUGAAACGCACAACUACUCCCCCCCCCCCCCCACGCUGUACUCACCUCAGUGGGACUCUCCUGGAGGUGGGCGAGGCAGGGGGGGUCACACAUCAAAUGGGAACAAGUGAAAGGGGUCCUCUUGUCUGAGGACAGUGGAUGCUAUGUACUCCUCCUUAUGGUUUGAAGCCUUUCAGGUUUCUCUUCUUGGACUGCGGACGACCAUCCCUGGUUUUGGUUUUUAUUCGGUUAUGAAUGGGAGCUGUCAUGGAGGACUGUCUGGUUUGUAUAGUGGGUUAUAGCCAUAGCCUCUGGUUAUGUUUUUUUUCCUCCUUUUUUCUUUUUUAAAAUUAAAUUAAAUUAAAUUAUGAUUGGAUGCUGUCACGGUGGGAUCUUUGGACUCCAUUUACCAGAACCUCUCUCAGGGAUUAAAGCUCUGGCACUUCCUGUACUGAGACGAUAGAACUGUCAUGGCCGCACGCCGUCGUCACGGCAGCAUGCUGUCGUCAUGGCCACAGGUCGCCACCAACGAGCUUUGUUAAAGGUCUGUUUUUUGUUUUUCAAAAAUCUUGUGUUUGUUUUUGUUUUAUUGGCUCCAUCGUCCCGUCGCUGAGCGUGAGUUGGCCAGGGUGUUCUGGUGCUACCCCUGACAGCCGUUCCCUAAAAACACCAUCUUCCAGUCGCUUUUAAUUAUAAAUUAAACAAUUAUGUAACUCAGCAGUUAUAUUUAAUGGUAGAUGUGCCACUCAAAAGCCAGCUGAGAUAUUAGCAUAAUACAUGUCACACACCUGAGCAGGAGGAUGGGGGUGCUGCGGGUUUGAAACCGUGGUGCUCAGCAGCUUCUCGGCACAGCAAGACAAACCGUUAGCCUCCUGAGCUAAAGACCAGGGUCAAAGGUGACCCGAAAAGAAGGUACAGGGUGACGCCGCUGGCUGUAGCAGACGAUGUUCGCGCGCUUAGUGAUGCGUCUGAACCGCGUUUCUCAGUCCUGAGUAAGGCCUCACGGUGGCAAAGUAAGGUCAUGUAUCCUGAUACUGCAAUACUUUUAAUGUGCGUGUUAUUCAGAGCAAUCGCAGGUUCAUCACAGGGACCUUAUUUAGGAGUUAUUUAUUUAUUUUUUUGAGUGUGGGACUUUGCUUAAAGGUUCUGUAGAUUUCGGUGAGAACGCUGCGGAUGUCUGGAUGUUAAUAAAUUGUUUAAGUUC